AUGGUGUUAACGCGAUCACGUGCCGCGAGUCCCGCAUCUGCCGCGGCUGGCGUUUCGCCUGAGGGCGUAGUGCCGCCGUUGUUCCCGGCAGAGAGCGCGCCGGAGUCGACGCCGCGCGACCUGGAGGCCGCGCCGGCGCCACCACCGGCUGUAUCGAGUGACAGUGACGCUGUUAUUGCGGAUCAGGGUCACGCCCUGCCGCUGCCGCCAGCUGCAAAUCCUGCUGCGGCUUCAAUCACCAUGACCACAGAGCAGCUGCUGCUGUUGAUAAACAGGCUAAGUCCCGCAGUUCCU